AUGGCCACAUCAAAGAAGAAGACAAGGAAACUAAGAGGUCAUGUAUCGCACGGACACGGACGUAUUGGGAAACAUCGUAAACAUCCAGGUGGUAGAGGUAAUGCCGGUGGACAACAUCAUCACCGCAUCAACUUCGACAAAUACCAUCCGGGUUAUUUUGGAAAGGUUGGUAUGCGAAAUUAUCAUGUGAGACGUAAUCGAUUGUACUGCCCGACGGUGAACGUUGAUAAGCUGUGGUCACUGGUAUCGGAGAAUUUGCGGAAAGUUUAUGCGGAAAGGAAAGAUAAGGCACCAGUAAUUGAUGUAGUUCGAGCUGGUUAUUUCAAAGUUCUUGGCAAAGGUCUUUUGCCGAAACAGCCCGUUAUAGUUAAAGCGAAAUAUUUCUCACAUUCUGCUGAACAGAAAAUCAAGGCAGUAGGCGGUGCAUGUGUAUUGGUCGCAUGA